UUCUCUACUAAGUUUCAACGGCUCCCUUCCCCUGGGAGAUAUCUCAAAAUAUCGUCUUCGGAUCAGAGGGCGUUCCGAGGCCAGACCUGUCAAAAACGCGGCAUUGGCGUCAUCCUAUAUCCUGUGAUACAGCUUGCUAUAGAUCUCCCGUUUCCCCUCUCCAAAGGUUAUAUCUUUCGUACCAUUCCACUUUCUUUCUUUUCUUAAAGGAUAUUGCAUAAUUCUUAAUGCUUCUAAAUAUACCUUAACUGUUUUUUCUCUUCCUAUACUCGUGUAUCUUCCUGGGCGACGGCACGUCGAGUUACACAAUGUCGGACUCAACGGAGCUGAAGCGCCUCCACAGAGAGGAAAUCCGCUCAGUGACGCCCGACUCAGCAGCGAACUCGACUUCUACGCAAGGUCUGACUGCAAAUGACUUACCUCUCGGAUAUUUCUACAGCAAGAACUUCAUUGGUUCUGUGGCGGGAGUAUGUCUUAUGGCGAUCAGUCUGUAUUUGGGAUACGUCUUACCGGCGAAUACUUUGACAACCAUCAACGAGGAUCUAGGUCCUGACCCCAAUUACAUUCUGAUUUCUACGUCCUACACAUUGAUCAGCGGUGUCGGACUCUUACUCGUCGGGCGUCUGGGUGACAUCUUCGGACGACGAUACUUCUACAUCGGCGGGCAAACGAUCGGCUUUAUCGGUGCCAUAGUCGGUGCCACAGCACAGAACAUUCCUACACUGAUCGCUGGAGCGGUUCUGACCGGCUGCGCCGCGUCAGUACAGCUCACUUUCACGUUCGUCAUUUCUGAACUGGUGCCAAACAAGCACCGUCCUGCCGUAAACAGUGGAUUAUUUCUAUCCACUCUGCCAUUUGCUGCAUUUGGUCCACUUAUCGCACAGCUUCUUGUAAAGAACACUGAGAAAGGCUGGCGAUGGAACUACUAUCUAAAUUGCAUCACUUGCGGACUUUCAGCGAUUCUAUUUGCACUCUUUUACUUCCCGCCUGGAUACGAUCAGCUGCACAAGGGCAAGUCCCGAUGGGAACAAGUCAAGAAACUCGACUAUCUCGGAUUGGUCUUGUACAGUGCUGGACUGGUUCUGGUGCUUCUUGGGCUUUCAUGGGGCGGCUCUUCCUACCCCUGGAAAUCUGGCCAUGUCAUCGCUACGCUGGUGGUGGGAAUCGUGACUUUGGUCCUCUUUGCUCUAUGGGAAACCUUUGCCCCUCUUGAGCAGCCCUUUCUUCCAACGAAGUUGCUCAGAAAUGUCAACUAUGUCGCCGUCUGCGUCGCUGCGUCGGUGGGGACAAUGAUCUAUUUUUCUUUAAACGUGUUAUGGCCGCAGCAGAUUGCGGCUUUGUAUACUACUGAUCCUAUUAAGGCUGGCUGGCUGGCGUGUACGACUGGAUCCUCUGUUGCCCUCGGACAGAUACUCGCGGGUCUUCUUAUGAAACCCUUGGGCCAUGCCAGAUGGCAGCUCGUCCUCUGCACCGUGGUCAUGACUACGUUCUUGGGAGCCAUGGCAUCGACGAAUCAAUAUCGAAAGGAUUACGGUAUUGCUUUUACUAUCAUCGGCGGCCUUGGCGUAGGUUUCCAGGAAAUGAUCUCGAUCAUCAUGUCUGCUCUUAUCUGCAAGCCCGAAGAUAUCGGUCUUGCAAGCAGUUUCCUAGCUGCCAUCAAGCAAGUCGUCGGUACUAUUGCAACCGCGAUCUAUGUCUCAAUUCUCACCAACCGCCUUGAUGAAACUCUCGCUCCGACUGUUACUCCCGCUGCUGUGAAGGCCGGCCUUCCCAAAUCCAGCAUCCCAACUCUCCUGAAGGCUAUCGCGGCCGGUACGUCUGACGCACUAGACUCUGUGCCCGGAAUGACGAGCAAGAUCGCUGCUGUCGUUGGAGAGGCCACCAAGACGGCGUACUCGUUUUCCUUCCAGACUGUCUACUUGACCAGCAUCGCUUUCGGAGGCCUUGCUAUCAUCGCUGGUUUCUUCACGCGUAGUAUCGAUGAUAAAAUGACUUCUGAAGUAGCGCAGAAGUUGAGAGGCACGGACGCGAACGAGGAGGGUGUGAGCACGUCGGCAAAGGUUGUCUAGGUUCAACAAAAGCAAGGGUGUAGUGACGGGUUUGUAUGGAUAAAAAGGGUAUCUUUGUCUAUGAUCGAGAGUACCAUCAUGGAUUCAU